AUGACUGAGGACGAAAAGCAAAUGUCUUUGGAACCUGUUUCGGACUCUACGGAAUCAGGAAGUAUAGAGCCGAGUCUAACUGAAGAUUCCGCCAAAAGGAAAUCAGAAGAGUUGGAAUCUACAGUGAAAGCACGGCCCCGAAAAGUUAUUAAAACAGAAGAGAAGCGUAUACCGAACAUCGCCCUGGAACUAGCUAAAAACAGAACUACGGUCAAAAGCCAUUCUCCUUCACCGCUAAACUCUUCCUCGAUUCCUCUCGCUUCAUUGCUUUCAAAUGAGCCUCAAAGUGCACCCGCAGAGGGAUCUUCUAGACUCCCAGCUAUCAACCCAGAGGUUCAAAGAACAACAUUAUACAAUAAUUCAAGGUUGAAAGUAGCGUCGCUGUUGUCCGACAACAAUGAUGUUCCGCAGAAUAAAACGGCGACAAAAGUUAUUUUGCCAACUCAGAACUCCGAUUUAAGCACAGCUGAAUCGGAUACCCCAGGUAUCCUGGUUGCCCGAAUCAACUCACCGGUAGCUGCGCUGCCAAAGCCUAAUAUUUUGGGCUUGAAUAGAAGCCAAAGCACAUUAAAUCCUAUGAAUGGGCCAGAUACUGCAGAUGUGGCUAAAAAGACGCUUUCGGCCUCAAGUGUAACUAGCAAACCUACUGUCAAGAAGCAAAAUGCAAGGAAAGCAAAUGAUUCCAAAAACUCUAAGAAAGAAGUGAAUAGUACAGAAGUGAAGAAGGAAACAAAAAAAGUCGGCAAGUCCACAGAAACAAAAAAAGCUACCAAAGGAAAGGACACUACAAAGAAAGAAGUCAAAUCAUCGGAACAGAAACCUGAAGCAAAGCAUGAAGCCAAGAGCACAAUACAAGAUGCGAAAGAUAGUAAGUCUGGCGAAGUGAAAAAAGAUCCGAAAGACAGCGAAGUUAAAAAGGAUGGUAAGGUAAAUGAGUCUAAGAAAGAAACGAAAUCUAAUGAAAGCAAGCCUAAAGCUGCCAAACGGGGUAAUUCGGCCUCUAAGAAGAAGGACCCUACUCCACAACCGCCAAAAAAACCGAGUGAGAACAAAUCUCCUCAUCUCACUCCAAGAAAGCUGAUACCCGCGCCCCUCUUGAAAUCUCCUUCUAUUCUAGAUGUUUUAGAAAAGCCAAAGGGUACUGAUAUAUCCGAGGACCCCAUAAUAAUCAUGGACGUACCAUUGUUUCCUACGGAGUCCAGCGAAUAUCUGGACGAAAAUGGUCAAGUCGUGAUAAAUUUUUACAAGAUGGUCCAAGAUAAAUUUGGUAACUCGAACAAAACCAAAAGACAACUGAUUUCUGGCCUGAACGCCCAAGAAGAAGAUGAAGAUGAUGCUGCUGAAGUUGAAGAUGAUGAUGGGGAAGAUGACGAUGAAGCAGAUGAUGAUGAAGAUGACGAGAAGCAAGGUGCCUCGGCUGCCUCAACUGCAUCUCCCAAAAAAAAAUCACACCCCAUGAAAGGUAAGAGUUUAAUAGGGAAAUAUGAUACAGAAGAUCCUUUUAUCGAUGACUCGGAACUUUUAUGGGAAGAACAGAGGGUAGCAACCAAAGAUGGUUUUUUUGUUUAUUAUGGUCCCUUGAUUGAGAAGGGCCAGUAUGCAAGUUUCGAAAGGGUGAAUGGCACGAUGAAAAGGGGCGGUAUCAAGUACUCAAGAUAA